AUGAAUCGUCCGGAGCUGUCUGAGGAAAACCUUGAACUCAUCCAGAAAAAGGCUGAAAGCUAUAAAAUCAAAAAGCUUUGCCGGCUUACAAAGAGCAAGAAGCUUCUCAUUUUAGACUUGGACCAUACUCUUAUCAACGAUAAGUGGGACGAUUACAUUCCCCUUCAGAGACCUUUUCUUCAUGACUUAUUGAAGGGGGUUUACAAAAACUAUAAUAUUGCUACUGAAUCACCCAUGUCUCGUAUCAUGGAGGUUUUGGGUGAAAUGAGGAUGACGAACCACAAGGACUACAGGAAGGCCGUGGUUAAAGUUAAGGACUCGGAAGGCUCCUGGGAUAGGUGCAAGCCGCUUAGAAUCAUCUGGCAUGAACUUAGGGAAUUUGGCCCGGAAAAUACCAUCAUUAUCGACGACAUAAGAGAAAACUUUCUCAUGAACCCUCAGUCUGGCUUGGCUAUAAGGAAGUUUAACAACCAGAAGAAUGAUGAAGAGCUGAAGAAGCUGGCCAAGUAUCUGAAGAAAAUAUCUAGCCGCGGUAGCUUCAAAAAUUUGGAACAUUCAAACUGGGAAAAGCUCUCCAAAAUUAUUGAUCAAUGCUAA